AUGGCUCUUUCAGCCCCUCCGCGGGGGGUGACACCCGGAGACCUUCUCCUCGUCGUUCAUGAUUUCGAUGCGCGUGGCCCCGACGAGCUGACGCUACGCCGCGGCGACAAGAUCGAGCUCGUGGAGCUGGACGACGGGUUCGGCGAUGGGUGGUAUCUAGGGAAGGAUUUGAACACAGGCUCCACGGGCCUUUUCCCAGGAGGUAGGAUGCAAGCGCCGACCCUGCUGCAAAGCGUUACUGACCAGGCUUCUCCCUGUGCAGUCUACACCACUACGGCCCCCCGAAUCCCCGUCAGACAACGGGCGGAUGCGCCUGAAACCGCAUUGGGCACGGAUUUCGGGACGGAUUCGGAAUCGAGCCAGCUGGAAAUUGCAGACCCAGUCUCCUUGCCUAGGAGCGGCGAGUCGACCCCGCACGUCUCGCGCCAUACCAGCGCGUCGUCUCUGCGCGCCCCAGACCUGCAGGGGGGGCCAGUCGCCCCAGCGCUCUCCCCCAAACAGCCCCAGCGUUCCAGUUCCUCGCCGCUGCCAGCCUCGAAGAUGAGUGUCGACAUCCAGCAGUCCAUGCGGCAGAGCGGCCACCACGUCAACGGCCAGGACAGCCCCGUGAUGAACGAGACGCUCAGUGUCAUUGACGAGCACAUCACCGACCUGAGCACACCGCGCCACAGUGUGACCGCCCAGGAGCCCAAGAUCCUGAACGAUUCCGCCAGUGAGUACAGCAGUCACUUCGAGCACCGGAUGUCCUACAUCAACGGGCAUGAAACCGACGAAGAGGAAGAGAACCAGCCGCGCGAGGAACAGGUCCGGCGGUGGACGCCGGCCGAGACCGCCAAGCAGCUGCGGCAAUGUGGCGUCGAGGACAAACACUGCGGGAUCUUCGAGGAGCAGGAGAUCACCGGUGAUGUGCUGCUGGACAUGAACCAGGACUUUCUCUUCAUGAAGGAGUUCGACUUUGGCGUCAUGGGCCGUCGUCUGAAGACCUGGCACAAGAUUCGAACCUUUCAGGACGAGGUCAAGGGCGUCAAGCCGCCGACCCCCCAACCGCGCGGCUCGGUGGCCGCCGUGCCAGGCCCGCCUGAGGAGCGCGCAGUCAGUCGUGCCAGCCAUACGGGUCCGCUGCUACCUCGCAUCCCGACUCUGCGAGGGUCUAGCGGCACGCAGCACCCGCGCCUCGUCAGUAGCAGCAUGCAAAGCACCACCAGCUCGCCGAUCACGCCGCAGACCCCGACGUACAUGGACCACUCCCGACGACCAUCGGCGGCCUCCAUCCGGGAGAUCAACCAUUCGCGCCGCCACUCGUCCAUUGACGCCACCAACCGGUACUCCGGCCUCGACGGGUCUCCGGGCUCAAACAAGCGCGGAUCGUUCGAUCGCGGCUGGACCCUGACCGGCGGGGGACAGCGACUGCCGACCCGUCCGGGAACGGCGGUUGGAACGUCUCACGAAACGGGGUUCUUUUCUCAACCCAUCCACCACCCGACCGGGUCCAACGGGUCCGAUCCGGCAGUCGUGACCGACGACCUGGAUCGGGGGUACUUCUCGGGACCCGAGGGCGAUCUGCGCAAGAACCGGCGCCUGCUGCAGAAACGGCAGUCCGUGACGGGCAGUGCCGAAUCGCGACUGGGGAACUUCCCGGAAGAGCAGCUCCGCGUGGGCAAACGGCACUCGCGCAUUGGCAGUGUUGACUCGAUCCGGGAAUCGGCGCAGCAGAUGUCCCCUCUCCCCAAAGCGCACACCACUCCGGCGCCUAAGGGCCGUCUCCGCAGUCUCAGCACACGCAUGUCCGACCGUCGCGGUCAGCAGUCAGCGCCCGCGUCGGCAGUGGAGGAGCGGCCGUCGGGUGCGCUGAGCUUGUUUGGACCGCUGUUUGGCAAGUCGGAGAGUGACUCGUCCCGCUCGACGCCUCUGCCCCAGAUCAAGGGCGCUGGGCCCAAGUUCCGACGGGCGAUGGGCCUCCGGGCCAUGUCCGACGUGGUUGCGAAGGGCAUCGACACCUCCACGCCGCCUCCGGCAUCCCCCGUGCGGGACAACGACCCUUCGUCGGCCCGGACGGGGUCGACCACGCCGUCGACGUCCAAGAGUUCGGAACGCCACAGCACGGACGGGUCGAACAAGGCGGCGGAGGGCGGGCUGUGGCCUCGCUCGCGCCCCUCGGUCAAGGCGAACGUGAAGUCGAAGAAGGACACCAGCGCCUACACGCGCGGACUGGAGAAGAAGACGCCGCAGGAGCAGACGGCGGGCUGCGAGUACUCGGGGUGGAUGAAGAAGCGGUCGUCGAACCUGAUGACGACGUGGAAGCCGCGUCUGUUUGUGCUGCGAGGCCGUCGUCUCUCGUACUACUACUCGGAGCAGGACACGGAGGAGCGGGGGCUGAUUGACAUCACGGCGCACCGGGUCCUGCGCGCGGACAACGACCCCAUCGUGGCGCUGCAUGCGACGAUCACGGGCUCGACGACCUCGGCGACUCCUGCCAACGCGGAGGGGCCGCCCGACAAGGCCGCGUCGGAGUCCCGUCGGGGCAAGACCGGGAGCGGGCCGUUCUUCUUCAAGCUGGUGCCGCCCAAGUCGGGGACCUCGCGCACGGUGCAGUUCACGAAGCCGGCGAUCCACUACUUCCAGGUGGACAGCGUGCAGGAGGGGCGGCUGUGGAUGGCGGCGCUGAUGAAGGCGACGAUCGAGCGCGACAUGGAGCUGCCGGUGGAGACGACGAACAAGCAGCGCACGGUCAGCCUGAAGGAGGCGCGGCAGAUGAACCAGCGGCCGCCGGCGCUGAUGACGGGGGUCGCCGCGGCGGAGGUGAAGGAGGAGCCGAAGGAGGAGGAGGAGCAGGCGGAGGAGGCAGCGGCGGAGGAGACGGAGCGGGAGAAGGAGAACGGACAGGGGCUGAUGAUCCGGGGGGUGGAUCUGGACGAGGAGCCGGAGUCGAUCUACGUGGAUGCGGAGGAGAAGCGUCUGUCGAACCCGCUGGGGGGGCUGGAGAUGGGGGGGUCGUUGCUGUCGGAGAUGCGGAACUCGCGGUGA